CUCCUGUUCGGUACGGCCAGUUCACGAUGAAGAUUAUCCUGCUCCUCUUCCUCGGUGUCACUCUGUUCUCUCUGGGACAGGGCAACACCCUGGACUCCUGUCAGCGUCGCUGUGGAUACGGGACGGACUCCGCGUACACCUGCCAGUGUAACUCCGCCUGCGAGCGCUUUGGAGACUGCUGCUCCGACUACUACACCCUCUGCAAAGGUUCCACUUCCUGUAAGGGAAGGUGUGGAGAGCGGUAUGACUAUCAGGACCAGUGCCACUGCAACUCCAAAUGCAGCCAGUACAACAACUGCUGCAAUGACUACAGCCAGCACUGUGGGGGUUCCUCUGGCGGAGCAGCCAUCUCAGAUUCAGAGCUGAAGACCCUGUCUGAGUUGCUCUACGCGCUGGACUCAAACAAGGCCUCACCCUUUGAGCUGGAGAUCGACACUCAGGCCAGAGUGUCCGACUCUCAGACUAGCUCACGGAAGGACCUCUCCCCCCGCCCCUUGUUCAGCUACCUGGAUUCUUCCCUCUUCUCCAAACCCACAUUUGCUGCAUUCCUGGCUCUGCUGGACAACUACCAGAGAUACACGGGACAGACGGAGAGGUUCAGCUCAGCCCAGCUGGCCGAGCAGGACACCUUCCUUCGGGAGGCUAUAUCCAACACCGAAAUCGGUCAAGAGCUCUACACCUUCUUCCACAGCAAAGGCUUCUACAGUUCAGAAGCAGAGUUCAUAUAUGACCUGAAGAUGAUGUGGUUCGGCCUGUACUCCCGCAACAACAAUGCAAAGGACUCCAGUGGUUUUGAGCAUAUCUUCGCAGGAGAGGUAAAGAACGGUAAAGUGUCUGGCUUUCACAGCUGGAUUCAGUUUUACCGGUUGGAGAAGAAGGGUCUGAUGAACUACUACAGCCACAGCUUUGAUGGGCCCUGGACUACGUUUCCUGAUAUUCUGGGCAUGCAGUUUAACUGGGACGGCUACUUCAAGCAAGUGGGCUCUGCCAUCAUCGGCAGCAGCCCAGAGUUUGACUUUGCCCUGUACAGCCUCUGCUACAUCGCCCGUCCUGGGAAACAGUGCCACCUGAGCUUGGGGGGGAAGACUCUGGUCAUCCAGACGUACACCUGGGAUAACUCAUAUUACGGCGACGGAAAGAAAUUCAUCGCCUCCGGUUUCCCUGCCACUCCUCGAGCUCUGCUUCUACACCCUUCAAUCCUCAACUCCGAGGACGAGUAACUGUUCAUCCCCAAAACUCACGCAUCGCCGAUUACCAUGGCAACGCUUAUUAAAUGGUGCUGAACGCUC